AUGUUUAAAAUGGACGCUGCUGAUUUCUGGCAACAGGCCCGAGCUCCCUUUGCAUUGCACACAGCCACGGCACUCCAUCAACAUCAUAAUAACCAGCCACCGCUGCAUCUGCAGCAGCAGGAGCAGCAAUCGAAUCCCACAGCGAACAAUAACAACCUGCCAUUGAACCCUAAGUUGGAGCACAUUGAGCCGCAUACGCUGCAGCAUCAUGCGGAGCAAUCCUAUGGCAGUGAGGCCUUCGGGUCGCAGCAUUCCGGUCCAGCACAGCCCACACAGUUGAGCAAUCAUCAUCUGUUGUUCAAUGCAGCAGCCGCUGCGGCCGCAGCCGCCCAUCUCAAGUCGACGGCGCUGCAAAGCCACAACAGCGGCAGCAGCAGCAAUGCGGCUGUCUCCGAUCUCGGCCAUUCCGAUGCUGCACUUUCAUCUCUUACCUCCAACCACAAUCCCAAUAACAACAGCAGCUUAUCGCUGACCACCAAACUCGAGCAUGCUGGUCAAGCGUCCAGUCCGCCGCUCCUCAACAAACCACUAUCGCAAGGCCAGCAGUCGCCGCAGCACUCGAUAACGCCAUCUGGCGGCAGCUCCACCCCAGACAUUAAGUACAACAACGAUAAGCUCGCCAACGAAAUCCAGCUCCAGCUCUCCCGGUCGAGCAGUGCAGCCGCAAUCAGUGAACGCACCCUUGAAGAAUGUUGGUCGACCCUGCAACGACUGUUCAUGCACAAGAGCGCCAUGCAACAGAUCCAGCAGCAGAUUCCUCGCGUCGGCCUCGGGGCACACGGGGCGGCCGGCACUGCUAGCAUGAGUGCUGCAGGGGCGGAGACGAAACCGCACCAGUGCCAGCAGUGCAUGAAGAGCUUCUCCAGCAAUCAUCAACUGGUGCAGCACAUACGCGUCCAUACCGGAGAGAAGCCGUACAAAUGCUCGUACUGUGAUCGUAGAUUUAAGCAGCUGUCUCACGUCCAGCAGCACACGCGCCUCCACACCGGAGAGCGCCCCUACAAGUGUCACCUGCCGGACUGCGGCCGAGCCUUUAUUCAGCUGUCCAACCUGCAACAGCAUCUGCGCAACCACGAUGCCCAAGUGGAGCGCGCCAAGAAUCGGCCCUUUCAUUGCAACAUUUGCGGCAAGGGCUUUGCCACCGAGUCCAGUCUGCGUACGCACACGUCCAAGCAGCAUGCGGCACUGAUCGGCGGCCCCAAUGCCACUUCUUGUCCAGUGUGCCACAAACUAUUCCUGGGUACUGAGGCGCUCAUGGAUCACAUGAAGCACGUGCACAAAGACAAAAGUCCGACGCCAGUGCCGAGCGGACCACCCCAAUUCGGCGAGGGUAUGCUCAGUGGAAGCGGCAGUGGCAGCGCCCUGGCUGCUCCCCUCAGUGCCCCCGAUUCUGGAUGUGCCCAGACCUCGACGGCCGGUGGAUCCAGCAUAAACGACAGCUACCUGGGCAAGCGACGCACAGCCAACCAUCCCUGUCCCGUGUGCGGCAAGCACUACGUGAACGAGGGCUCGCUGCGCAAACAUCUCGCCUGCCACGCCGAGACCUCACAGCUCACCAGCAGCCUACGCAUGUGGCCCUGCUCCGUGUGCCAAGCCGUCUUCACCCACGAGAAUGGCCUGCUCACGCAUAUGGAUCACAUGCGAAUGGAUCCGAAGCACCAGUUUGCCGCCCAAUACGUUCUCUCUCGUGCAGCGGCGGAGCAAAGGGAACGCGAAUCCAUAUUGGCGGCCACGCUGGCCGCAUCGACGACGAGCGGUAGCGCCGGCGAAUCUGGCAGCAUGUUGCCACUUGGAGUUGGCGCCACCGGCUCCAAUUCCAUGUGCCCAUCGCCAUCGGCCAAUUCGGAGUGCUCAUCGAAUGGCCGGCUCUCUUCAUCGUCCGCAUCCGAUCAGGAGCAGGGUCUGAGUGAGAACGAAAACAAUAGUCACAACAACAACAACAACAACAAUAGCAGCACCAACAACAACAACAGCAGCACCAACAACAACAACAACUGCAGCUCCAACAAAAUGAACGAGCUGCGUCUGCCCGGCGCCAGUCAGUACAACAUCGAUGCCGAAAUGCAUGUGGCCAAUCGGAUGUCCCUGAUGGCCGCUGCCUCGGCAGCUGCGGCUGCAGUGGCCGCCUCGGCGGGCUCUCGAGCACCCGAUGGUGUCUCCGAUGCGGUCAAUUCCGUGCCGGGCAGCGCAGCCGUGCAGGCGGCCGUCGUCAAUCUGGCCGCCGCCAUGCGCAUGAACAACACCAACAACAGUGCGGGAGGCUUGGGUCAUGGCAAUCCGCAUCAGCAGCAGCUCGCCGACCACCACCAGCACCACCACCAGCAGCAACAGCAGCAGUCGCAGCAGCAUCACCAACAACAACUACCCCAUCUGCCGCAGCCCUCACCCCUGGGCGGCGGUCAACAGCCACCGGGCAGUGGGACUCGUCGCUCACCGCCCAUCAAUGUGCCGAGUCUGCAGCCGGACACCUCAUCGGUGGUGAUGAACAUGAUGCGCGGCUCCCUCGAUCCGACCCUGGGAAGCAUGCAUCAAAUGGAGGCACUGCAUCAUCAGCAUCAUGCCAGCAGCACGCUGCCGCAUCAGGCCGCCAAUUACGCACAGCAUGCCGUGCCGCCCAUCUCACAACACGGGCAGCAGGGCCAGACCCAUCCUCAUCACGCUCAUGCCCAUGCCCAUCACCAUCAUCCCAAUCCGGAGACAGCCUUGCGCAUGCAGCAACAAGCGGAGGCCAUUCUGCGCUCCCAUACGGAGGCCGCCUUCCGACUGGCCGCUUCGGUGGCCGCCACCAAUGGCGUUAAGAGCGAAUCGGCCCAACAGCAACAACAACAACAGCAACAACAACAGCAGCUCAACGGACGGGAUCUGCACCAAUCGCCCCAGGCAAACAGCGCAGUGCUGAGUGGAGGUGGGGGCAGCCAGCAGACGUCGGCAUCCGAUGCCGCUGCACUGCGUCUGCAGGAGCAUCGAUUGGAGCAGGCGCUUCGUCUGCACGAUGCACGCGCUCUCAAUUUUCUUACGGGUGGCGGAGCCGGCGGCGGCAACGCAGCAUGGUCCGAUUUGGAUGAAACUUCAGAAUAUGGUGAGGCAUAG